AUGAAACUUCUUGGUCCUUCAAUAUGGAUGCCAAUAAUAAUGCUUAUUUGGGGUGUUAUCGCUAUGAGUACGGCAGCAGUACGGAAUGCUGGAGCCUUUGGCGGUUUAAUGGCUUAUGGUAUCGUUCAAAUAAAAACAGAUAGAAAUUAUAGAUUCAUCUUUCUUCUUGAAGGAGCACCAAGUAUUAUUCUAGCAGUGAUCGCAUUCUGUUUUCUUGGUGAUCUUCCUGAAACUGUAAAAUGGCUUAGUCCAACCGAACGUGAGUUAGUCACAAAUCGACUAAGGAAUGAUGCAGGAACAGCAUGCAACACACGAUUCUCAUGGAAACAAGUCAAAGACGUAUUUAUCGAUUGGAAAGUAUAUUUUUAUAUGUUCAUAUGUCUUGGUAUAUUCACACCUAUGUAUAGUUUAUCGAUAUUUUUACCAAGUAUUGUGAAAGGAAUGGGUUAUUCGAAUGUCACUGCUCAAGCCAUGUCUGCCCCACCUUUCGUCAUAUCGGCGUUAACAACAAUUGCUGUGUCAUUUCAUGCUGGCCGAAAAAAUGAGCGUGGAUACCAUAUUGGCAUAUUUUUAGUUAUGGCAAUCAUUGGUUUUAUUAUGUUAAUAACAUUAUCAAAAACUACUAUGAUGUCAAAUUGCAUAAGCACUGAUCCUACUGUUGCAAUGUAUAUAGCCACAGUGAUUGCUUGUAUUGGCACGUACACGACGGUACCACUGCACUGCUCUUGGUUCACAAACAAUAUCGAUGGUACAACUAAAAGAGGAGUGGCUACAGGGCUUAUUGUUGGUUUCGGAAAUUUAGGAGGAGUGAUAGCCGGACAAAUUUAUCGGGACAAAUAUUAUCCCGAUUACCGCAUCAGUCAUUCAAUUACCCUCGGAUUCAUAUGCGUUACUUUAGCACUUGUUAUUAUAUUAAAAAUUUUAUUAAUUCGUGAAAAUAGACGGCGAGCAAAUUUAACAAUUGAGCAAUAUGAACUCGAAUGUUCACGCGAUGAACCACUUGAUUGGCAUCCUGAUGUCAUUUAUGUGGAGUAA